UCUGUGUGUGGGGCUGACAGCGCGUCACCGCCGGCCGGAGGUCAGGGAGGAGACACGCCGCUGGAGGCUCCGUGAGAGCCGGGGAACGCCUGCUCCGRCGCUGGCUUCAUAUGUGGCAGCAGGGGAGGGGUGUGGGUGCUGCCGCCGCACAACAACAUGAUUGUUCCYCCGGCUCCAGUCGUGGCGCUGAGAGCCAAGGAAGUGUUGUCAGCCCGCAGGUAGACGCUGCUUUUCCUCGUCGCUGAGCCCAUGGAUGGUUUUAAUCUCUUCUGGUCUCACRUUCCACUCUGAACCCCUCAUCCCGGUAAAAAACAAAUAAACAAAAAACAGCUGAAGUUUUUGAUGCAGGCUGUGUGUUGGCUGCUGUGCCUCGGCCUCGCAGGGCCGCUCGCCGCUCUGCAGAAAGACCAGGUGGCCCGGCACGCCGUCAAGCUCUACCGGACCAGAGUGACCACUCCCGGCCACGGCUGGUUGGCCAAGAACUGCAAGCAGCUMGUGGGCCUCCUGCGUCAGAAGAAUGUGGCUGUCAAGAAGCUGGCAGCCGCCGCCGAUGCUGUUGAACGAAACAGAAGCCUCUCAGAACCAGAGAAGAACUUCCAGGUUCACACCCUGGAGGUUUUCCAGAAGGAGCUGAAUGAGAGCGAGCACCUGGUGUUCCAGGCGCUACACAGCCUGCAGAGGGCGCUGCAGGGCGACUACAGGGACGUGGUCAACGUGAAGGAGAGCAGCAGGCAGAGGCUGGAGGCCCUCAGGGAGGCAGCCAUAAAGGAGGAGCAGGAGUACGUGGAGCUGGUGGCUGCAGAGAAGCAUCAGCAGGAAGCYGUGAAGACCGCUUUGGCCCGGAACAAGAGCCUGUCCAUACUGGACGAGAUUCUGGAGGAUGUCAGGAAGGCAGCAGACCGGCUCGAGGAGGAGAUUGAGGACCACGUGUUUGACUACAACAAACAGAUGAAAGGAGUGAACGUAGAAGCCGUGCUGAGGGUGGAGGAAGACGAGGAGAAAGGAGGAAAGGUGAAGAACAAGUCCAGGAAGGAGGAGGUGGAGGAUGAUCUGGGACUGAGCAUGCUCAUCGACUCGCAGAACAACCAGUACGUUCUGACCAAACCUCGAGACUCCACCAUGCCGAGAGCCGACCAUCACUUCAUCAAGGACCUGGUGUCGGUGGUCAUGCUGUCCCUGCCCUGCGGCUGGGUCUGCACCCUGGUGGGUCUUCCUCCAAUGUUUGGAUACAUCAUCUGUGGGGUCCUGCUGGGUCCUUCUGGUCUCAACAGCAUCAAGUCUAUCGUUCAGGUGGAGACUCUGGGGGAGCUGGGCGUGUUCUUCACCCUUUUCAUGGUCGGACUGGAGUUCUCACCUGAACGCCUUCGAAAGGUGAACUGGACUACAGCAGUGUCCUCCUCGGGAUGCUGGUCAUGCAGGACGUUCAGCUCGGUCUCUUCAUCGCCGUCAUGCCCACCCUGAUCCAGGCUCAGAGCGGAGACUCGGACAGCUUUGUGUUCGGAGGCCUGCGAGUCCUGAAGCUCCUGGCCCAGGUCCUGGUGUCCCUGGCCGUGGUGCUGCUGCUGUGCUCGUUGCUCAGGUCCUUCCUGAUCGGUCCGUAUUACAAGAAGCUCCACGCCGAGAGCAAAGGCAACAAGGAGAUCCUGGUGCUGGGAAUGACGGCGUUUGUCUUUUUCAUGCUGACUAUAACAGAGUUUCUGGACGUUUCCAUGGAGCUGGGUUGUUUCCUGGCCGGAGCGUUGCUCUCCUCUCAGGGUCACAUGGUCACAGCCGAGGUCACGGGGGUCAUCGAGCCCAUCAGAGAUUUCCUUGCCAUCAUCUUCUUCGCUUCUAUUGGACUCCACGUGUUCCCUACCUUCGUGCUCUACGAACUCACCAUCCUGCUGGUCCUGACGCUCACUCUGGUCAUCAUGAAGUUCCUCAUGGCGGUGCUGGUGCUGUCCGCCAUCCUGCCUCCGGGUUCCCGACACAUACGGUGGAUUGUCUCAGCCGGCCUGGCUCAGGUCAGCGAGUUCUCCUUCGUCCUGGGCAGCCGGGCGCGUCGAGCUGGCAUCAUCUCCAGAGAGGUGUACCUGCUGGUCCUCAGCGUCACCACGCUCAGUUUGCUGCUGGCACCGCUGCUGUGGAGAGUCACCACGCAUAAAUGGGUUCUGCGCACCGAACGCAAAUCCGUCACAUGAGGCCCGGGCGUCCGGUCUUGGUCCUUAGAGGUACCGGUAAUUCAGCCACUGAUUCAGGUGUUUGAGAGAGAAACCUGUAAAACCAGGACCAGGACUGGACUCACCCCUGCUUUAGCCCCAAAAAAAMCUUGAUACAUUUUACAAAACUGUUAGCAAAAGGACCAAAUCUGUUUAAAAAGUCUAAAAAACUGUUAUGUUCGCAGUGUUUGUUACAUUUUCUUUACAAGGAUUAAAUCUGMUAAAGUCACAUAAGCUGUAGGUGAAAAAAAUGCUCUGUAGUGUAUUUAAAAUGACAAAAAUCAGUUUGUUUUAAAUCACUGAGUUAGUGAGCUGUAACUAAAACUGACAUCUUGCUGACUGUUACGCACAAAAUUGUGGCAAAUAUCCACCUAGAAUCACUGAAUCCUUGUGCAACAUUUUGUUUUAUGUUACUGCAAACAAAGUAAUUUAUUAUUUUACUUGUCAAUCAGUCUUAAUUUAAUUUCACAGUCUGUAAACACUCCCAUGAUUGUCUCAAAUGUUGCAUUCCUGAAACUAAUUUAAGACGAGUUCAAGACCGGUUCUAGACAUGAGGGGGUGGCUCCGUGACCGUUUAGACCAGGGCUGUCAAAGUCAGUUACACAAACGGGCCAAAAUUCUAAACUUGGUCCAAACCGAGAGACAAUAUCUAACAAUAUUUAUUGAAAAAAAUGUUAUAUAGUAAAUUAUUCUUAUAAAAAUACAAAUUAACUUAUUCCAAAUAAUGUUUUGUGUAGCAUUUAAGGCAUACAUACUCUGAUGGAUAAAGAAUUGUUAUGCCUUACCCUCAACUAACAACUUUUUAAUUUAUUAUUUCCUUCAGAUAUAGUUUAUUACAGUCCAGCAAAUCAGGUAAAAAAGGAAAAUCUUCACUAAAAAUCCAGAUAUUUGACUUUAAAAUAAGGAAAGAAAACAAAAAAAAGAUCAUCAAAGUUAAUUCUCUGUUACUCUUUUCACACCAAUUUUCUUGGCUUGAAAGUCACGACAAGAAAUUACAGCAACAAAACUGAAACCAUWAAACUUUUUUUGCAUUUAAAGUUUUGGGGCCAGAAAAAAUAGUAAUUUUGGCCAUAUUUGACCCACGGGCCUGAAGUUUAACAUGUGGUUUAGACAGAAAACCAGAUUUAACUUACUGCUAUGGGAGAGCAGUGCGCUGCAGAUUGUGAACCCAAAUGGAUAUUUCAAGACAWUUUGGGAACUCUCUCACGGAUAUUUGCUGUUUUUGUUUUGUUUUGUUUUGUUCGCUAACAGUUUUAGCCUCGCAGGACACCAGAGGAGGGAAGGAAAAAUAUUUUGGGAUCAGAAGCUGAUUUUUGUUUAUUUCUUAAAGGGAAACUUUGCAUAUUCCUCUGAAUUCUAAAGGUAAAAGAACAGAGCCUUUCCAGUGACAUUGGAUUAAAAAAUAACGCGAUAAUCUCAUGGCCACGGGUUUUUUUAUUUUUUUAUCCAAUGUCACCGGACAUGCUCCGUAUAAAAACUAUUUUUGUUGAGACAAUUUCCUCAAUGUUUACUUUUAAUUCGAUCAUGUACUACUUGAACUUUGGUGUUUUUUCAGGAACUUGUGUUUUUUAGUAAUUAAAUCACGGUACGUUAGACUGCACUGAUAACACAAAGGAAGACACUUAAAAAACAAAAACACUAGAAGACAAAUUACACCAGAUACUGACAAGAGUUUAUUCGCUGACGUUACAUUUGAAGAAAAAUCCUGCACUAGCCACUACUGAAUGUCAAACCUGAGUGCCUGAUCAGCUCUUUUCUGCACUUAAAUAAAAAAAAUUAGAUUUUUUUUACGUUGCACAUAUUAGUGUGUGACAUAAAAACCCACAAUGUGCAAUGAAAAUGUGUACUGCAGAUGUUACUGUACUGCGUGAGUACUGUAUAUGUUCAAAUAUUUUUCUUUAUGUUAAUGAAGAGGUUUAUUAUUAUUAUUAUUAUUAUUAUUAUUCAUGCUGU